AUGGCGGCUGGUAGACGUGUUUGCGUUAGCGAAAUUUUGCAGUUUCUGUUCAAAAAUAACGGUUAUAUUAACGAUAAUUGUUUUAUUAACGAGGCCUCUGAAUUGUUUACUGAUAAACUGAUGUUUAAAGCACGAGGAAACUUGAAAUUGGACAAGUUAUGUGAGUUAGUUGAUUUGGUAAAGUACAUUUUUGAUAACAAACUGUCUGAAUUAAUUCCAAUUUAUUCUGUUUUCAACAUUGACCGAGUUCCUAUUAGACUAGCUAAGGAUUCUUCUAAGUCAAUUAGUGAACAUUUAAUGAAACUGAAUAAAAAAUUGAAUAAAAAUUAUAUGGCAGUCUCACAGUUACACAACAAACUCGAAAACAUAUCUGAAAAAAUCACCGGUUCUAAUGUGAAAUUGUUGCAGACUGAGAAUUAUGGAAGUGAAUUUCAUGAGUUAUCCUCAAUUAAUGAUAAUAAAACUAUUAAAGAAAUACCUCUUAAUUACAAAAUAAAUGAUAAUAAAAUUAUUAAAAAAACACCACUUAAUUACAAAAUAAUAAACAAUUCGUUAAAAAAUAAUUAUAAUGAAUUUGCAAAACGUAAAAAAGAUUUUCCUCCAAGGAUUAACAGAACAAUAAGUAAACUCAAUGACAGUGGAGGAAAAUUCAAAGUGAAAGGAGUUGAGAAAAGAGCAGUUGUGUAUCUGGGCAACAUUUGGACUUGCAUCAAGGCGACAGUUGAAGAACAUUUCCAGCGAUUUGACGUCAAAUACAUUUCUGUCUUUCCUGUGGUUAAAAAUCAGCAACUCGUUCGGAAAAUGAUGAUGAUUGUCAUACUGCAUUCAGAAUUUGUGUACUUCAACAAGAACCUUAUGUAUGCUGCUGACACCACAAACAUCUUUUACGCAUCAAAAAAUAUACAAAGUGAAAUCAUUCUGAUAAAAAAUGAAUUAAAGAAAUUUGAAGAAUGUUGUCAUGUUUGUUCUAAACAUUUCAAGUUUAGACAAGAUGGCAGGUUUAUCAGGCACGGAAGGAAGGUGAGAGGGUCCAAAUGUUUGGGGUCAUUGAAGAAGCUGCCCUCAGCUGCCGUACGGAAGUCAUUGAGUGGUCGCGUUGGCAACAUCUCGAUGUUUAAGCUUGGUCGAAGUUGUUGUUCCAUCCACGAGUGGUCCUCCGUAAAAAACACAGGGGAGGUAGAAACCACAAUAUCGGUUAAAAUAAAUUCAAGGCUGGAUACAUUUGCCAAGGCUUCUAUUGAGGAAAUCACAAGGUCGGUUGAUGAGGGACAAAAAGAUAAAAAAGAUAGGGUACGAAAACCUAAUCCGAAUGCGUUGAUAAAAAGCAAGAUAGAACAGGAUAACAACAGGGCUCCUAACUCGACUGAGACACUGAGUGCCCUUCAAGCCAAGCACCCCGCGGCUCCCCCUGAUAGGAAGCCCAGCCCUGAUAAAAAAAAACUGCAAGUGUGUCAGUUACAUUUCAGCAAAUUUCCGAAAGGAACUUCCGGAGGAAGAGAAGGAUUUACGCCACAACAUUUGAGAGAUCUAACUCGCGAUAAAGUGGAGACAAAAGAGGUCGUUGGCGCCAUCACGUUCUUUGUUAACCUGCUUCUGAGUAGUGCCUGGCCCCCUGAAGUGGUGCCACGUUUUUUUGAAAGGAGGUUGGAGGCAUUGGCCAAGAAGGAUGGUGCCAUUAUUUUUAGGGGUAGAUACCACGACGAUUUCUGGGCCAAGAAACACGACGAGUAG